GCUUUUCGCCUUCGUUACGUUAUGUUAUGGCUUAUCAUUUGUCCAGCGCCACGCUCAGAUUCAGAUUCGCCAAUCAGUUAAGACUGCUGACCCAUAGGCGCCGCGUCAGCUAUGUCCUGGGCAUCGAAACUUCCUGCGAUGACACGGGCAUUGCCAUUGUUGACACCGACGGCCGGGUGCACUCGAAUGUUUUGUACUCCCAACAGGAGUUCCACACGCGCUAUGGCGGCAUAAUUCCCCCACGGGCACAAGACCUGCAUCGGGCGCGCAUUGAGGAUGCCUACAAACGUUGUCUAGUCGAGGCGGACAUCAGGCCGGAGCAGUUGACGGCCAUUGCUGUGACCAACCGGCCCGGCCUGCCGUUGAGUCUGCUGGUCGGGCUGCGGUUUGCCCGUCACCUGGCCCGAAAGCUGCAAAAGCCAUUGCUUCCGGUACAUCACAUGGAGGCGCAUGCCCUGCAGGCACGCAUGGAGCACAUAUCGGCCAUCAGCUUUCCAUUUCUCUGCCUGCUUAUAAGCGGUGGCCACUGCCAGCUGGCGAUGGUACACGGCCCCGGUAAGCUAACCCUGCUCGGCCAGACGCUCGACGAUGCUCCCGGAGAGGCUUUCGACAAGAUUGCCCGACGACUGCGCUUGUAUGUGCUGCCACAGUAUAGAGCCUGGAAUGGUGGGCAGGCCAUAGAGCAUGCCGCACAAUCGGCUCUCUUUCCAGACGCCUACGACUUCCCCCUGCCGUUGGCCCAGCAGCGCAACUGCAACUUUAGCUUUGCGGGCAUCAAGAACAACUCAUUCCGUGCCAUCCGGGCAAGGGAGAGGCUGGAGCAUACCCCACCGGACGGCAUCAUCAGCAACUACAGUGACUUCUGUGCCGGCCUGCUGCAGGCCGUCACUCGCCACCUCAUGCACCGCACCCAGCGGGCACUCGAGUACUGCCUGCAGCCGGCAAACGGACUAUUUGGCGACGCCUCGCCCACUCUGGUGGUGUCCGGCGGUGUGGCCAACAACGAUGUGAUCUAUCGGAAUAUCGAGCAUCUGGCCGGGCAGUACAACUGCCGCAGCUAUCGCCCCUUCAAGCGCUACUGCUCUGACAAUGGUGUGAUGAUUGCCUGGCACGGCAUCGAACAGCUAAUGGCGAAUAGUGCAGAGAAUUUGCGAUUCGACUACCAAAACAUUGACAUACAGGGCGCGGCCGGAUUCAGAGACUCCUCCGUUGAGGAUGUCACCCGAUCGGCCAUCAAAUGCAAGUGGAUAAGGCCACUCGAUCACCUCAGAGGCACAGCCAGCGAUGCAUAGAGAAAAAUGUUCGUUUGUUAGUGUUUUUUUUAAUUUUUCGUUUGUUUUAUUUAUAAGAUUAUUAUCUGAAAUCAAUAAUGUUAAAUCUCUAAGGUCUAGGAAAAAAAAACACUGUGUCAAAAUUGAAAAUG